ACCACCCAACUUACCCCAAUCUCCAGGAGUCGCUCCAUGUCGUUCCGGCCUCGUCACCGGGAUACCUCCGGCGGGGGCCCGAACUUCAUCACCAACUUCCGGGGCCUGCAAGGCCCCGAACUAAGCCGCAAGAUGGCCCGGCUGCUCAAGACAGAGAACACGGUCAUCAACGCCCACGAAACUGCAGGCCGUAGCCGUACCUCCGUCGCCUCCCAGCUCUCGGAAUGGGGUGAGUCGACCGGCGAUGACACGAUCUCGGACAUCUCGGACAAGAUGGGCGUGCUGCUCGCCGAGAUCGGGGACCAGGAAGGCUUCUUUGCACAGAACCUCGAGGACUCCCGCGCCGUGCUGAAGCAUAUCCGGAACAUGGAGAGCUCCGUGCAGCCGUCGCGGGACCAGAGACAGAAGGCGACGGAUGAGAUCGCGAAGCUGAAGUUCAAGGAUCCGAACAGCCCGCGGCUGGCGACGCUGGAGCAUGAGCUGGUGAGGGCCGAGGCGCAGAACUUGGUCGCAGAGGCGCAGCUGUCGAACACGAUUCGGUCGAAGCUGAAGGAGGCGUUCGAUCUCCAUACUGCGGCUGUCAUCGAGCGUGCGGAGAAGCAGAUUAUUCUUGCUCGUCAUGCGCGCCGUCUGCUGGAAUUCGUUGACGAUACGCCUAUGGUCCCUGGUGAUGCUCGCCAUGCUUAUGAUCGUCAGUCCGAGGCGCGCCAGGUUCUCGAGGACGCCGAGACUGAUCUCCGAGCGUGGAAGCCUAGUGUUGAGCCUCUGGCUAGCCCCGAGGCCCUCGCGGAAGAGGGCGAGACCCGGGAGGUCGAACGGGACUCGGUGAGCAUUACUAGCGAGAUUAACGAUGCUGGUGUAAAUGGAAUCACCGAAGAGGUCUCGUCGGUUAAAAUCGAGACCGAGGCUCCCACUGCAGUCGUUGUUUAG